AUGCAGUCUAAUCAACAAUGCAUCCAACCACCUCAGUGGAGCGACCCUUUGUUGAAGAGUCGGCGUUUCAAGGUCCAAAAUCUCGCCAAUGGCGGCGUAAAGUCUCUGCUACCAGAAGCAAACCCGGCUCUAUUGAAAGAGUCAAGAAAACCCCAUCUCCUACAAUGGACAAAAAAAGGUGAGAAUCUGAAGAUUAAAGAAGAAAAUGCAGAUCAUUCUAAACCCAGACGUAAUUUUGCUUCUGAUGAGAAAUCGAAGGAACCCAUUUUUUCGAAAAUGGAAAAUAGAGAUGGGAAUUCGAAGAUGAAGGGUAGUGCUCAUGGUUCUGAAGGGACAUCGAAGAAACCCCAAAUUUCAGGGAAGGAAGACGGAGGAGAGAGAAGUAGGGUUUCAAAAUCUCUUGAUAUCUUCAGAAGAAAAUGUAUAGAAUGCAUUUGCUGCAAUUUCUGCAAUGUUCUUGGUCGAAUACCUGGUGUUGAGGUCGGAGACCGGUUCGAGUACCGCGUCGAACUCAAUAUUAAUAUUGUUGGCCUUCAUGGGCGAAUUCAACAUGGGAUUGAUUACACGGAGCACGUUUCUGGUACUGAUAGCUGGACUGUUGCUACUUGUGUAGUGUCUAAUGAAGGGUAUGAGGAUCAAAUCAUUGAUUGUGAGUUGAUUACCUAUGCGGGGGAAGGUGGUAAAGAGAAAGUGAGAGAGCUUAAGCUUCAAGCUAAGCUUAUGGAAUGGAGGCGUGAACCGGUUACUUAUUUCUAUGACGGGUUGUACAAAGUUGUGAGCUACGAGGAGAAGACCGGGCCGAGUAAGAAUGUCGUUUUCGACUUCAAGCUUAACAGGUGCCCUGGACAACCUGUUGUUCCUUGGGAAUUGCUCAAGAAGGGUUGA